AUGUUGCUCCAAGGGAAACCCACCAAAAUUCGAUCUUUAUCAAACAUCGUCAAUGUUACCAGAACUCUCACUCCUUCCAUACAAGAAGUUGAAAGACCUUCCUCAUCGUUGGAUGACCGAUUCGAGACUCUUCCACCAUGCGAACUGGGUAAUUCUCUAGAUGAUGUUACUUACACGAAGCUGGUUCAAUCAUCCAUGCAUUUAGGGUGUUCAGUUCAUGGGAAGCUCGUUCAAUCACAUAUGGUGAAAACGGGUUACAAUCCAGGCUUGUUUUUACAUAACACCCUUCUGAAUAUGUACUUAAAAUGCAAUGAAUCGGAUAUGGCUCUCCAACUGUUCGACGAAAUGGCUGAACGAAAUGUUGUUUCUUGGAAUUCAUUGAUUUCUGGGUAUACCCGAUUGGGUCUGUAUUCUAAUGCAAAAGAAAUCUUUUGCAAAGCUAGAAUAGCGAACAUCGACAUCAACAAGUUUACGUUUGCGAGCAUGCUGAGUAUCUGUGCUCAAACCAGUGACUUGAAACUAGGGAAGGUUGUUCAUGGGUUGCUUAUGUCGAGUGGCAUAGGUGUAGCUGCGUUUUUGACGAAUCCGCUUGUUGCUAUGUAUUCCAAGUGUGGGAGAGUGGAUCAAGCACGGGUUGCGUUUGAUCAGUGCGAUGGAUUGGAUGACGUUUCUUGGAACUCGAUGAUUGCUGGUUACGUUAAAGCUGGUUUACACGAUGAAAUGCUACAAGUUUUGGUCAAAAUGCAUCGGUAUGGAGUGAGAUUUAGUAGCUACGUGUUGGGGAGUGUUCUUAGCGCAUGUUGUUUGAAUUUUGAUCGUUCGUUGGUUUGGGGAAAGUUGCUGCAUUCGUGUUCGGUGAAACUCGGUUGGGAUCUUGAUGUUGUUGUUGGGACUGCGUUACUCGACAUGUACGCUAAAAUUGGGGAUUUGGAUGAUGCAGUUUCGACUUUUAGUGUUCUUAACGACAAGAAUGUGGUCAUGUAUAAUGCAAUGAUUUCCGGGCUUCUCCGUGGGGAGGAAAAUAGUGAUGAAUACGCCAAAAAGGCGUUAAAUCUCUUUGCAGAGAUGCAAAGGCACGGGCUUCGGCCUUCAGAGUUUACGUUUUCCACAAUUAUUAAAGCUUGUAUCGCGUGUAAAGAUUUCGAAUACGGGAAACAAAUCCAUGGACUUGUUUGCAAGAACAAUCUUCAGUCUGAUGAAUACAUUGGUAGCAUGCUUGUCGAGAUGUACUCGAUGUGGAGCUCAACUGAUGAUGCCUUGAGUUGUUUUGAUUCCACCUGUAAACAAGAUAUAGUGAUAUGGACGUCGAUGAUCGUGGGUCAUGCUCAAAACGGUGAAUAUGAAAGAGCACUGGUUCUUUUCUGCAAACUGCUUUCUUCUGGAUUGAAACCAGACGAGUUCACGAUUUCGACCAUGCUGAGUGCUUGUGCCAAUUUGGCUGCUGCCCGAUCUGGUGAACAGAUUCAGAGUUAUUCGAUCAAAACUGGAAUCAUAGAGUCGGGUGUGGUUCGAAAUUCUUUGAUAUACAUGUAUGCAAAGUCGGGAGACAUAGAUUCUGCGAAUCAGACCUUCAAGGCGGCUGAUAAAUCCGACGUAGUGUCGUGGAGUGUGAUGAUCUGCAGCACAGCACAUCAUGGAUGUGCGAAGGAAGCUUUGAGCCUCUUCGAGUUGAUGAUCAGUAGCGGGAUUGCACCAAACGACGUGGCGUUUCUCGGAGUUCUUACGGCUUGUAGUCAUGGAGGGCUUGUUGAGGAAGGACUCAGGUAUUUUGAAAGUAUGAAAAGGGACCACGGUAUUGCACCAACGGAAAAACAUUGCGCAUGUAUUGCAGAUUUAUACGGCCGUGCCGGAAGGCUAUCCGAUGCCAAAACUUUUAUCAUGGACUCGGGUUUCAGUCACGCUCCAAUAAUGUGGCGAACCCUAUUAAGUUCUUGCAGGAUUCACAAGAACACGGAGAUCGGGAAACACGUAGCCAAGAGAUUGAUCGAGUUGGAGCCUCAAGCAUCUUCAUCUUACGUACUUCUUUACAAUAUCUACAAUGAUGCCCGAAUGGAAGAAGCAGCGACAGAGAUACGAGACUUGAUGAGUAACCGAAGGAUCAAGAAAGAACCCGGUUUAAGUUGGAUUGAGGUUGGAAAUAGAGUCAAUUCGUUUUUGGUUGGCGAUAAAUGUCACCCUCAAAGUGAAAAAAUUUACGCCAAAUUGGACGAUUUGUUACAGGAAAUCAAGAAAAUAGGUUAUGUAGAUGAACUAGAGAAAGAUGAAGUGAAUCACCAUAGCGAAAAGUUAGCGGUGAGUUUCGGUUUGAUCGGCUUGGCUCCGUCUGCUCCUUUGAGGGUGAUGAAGAACUUGAGAGUGUGUCGAGAUUGUCAUACGGUAAUUAAGUUGAUUUCGAAGGUUGAAAAGCGAGAAAUAGUCGUAAGAGAUCCGAUUCGAUUCCAUCGUUUCAGAGAUGGAAGUUGUUCUUGCGGUGAUUACUGGUAAAGUUAUUUUUUUCUUCGUGAAAAUGGUGAUUCCAAGCUUCGACCAGAUCAAUCACAUGGCAAGUUGUGUACUUCAACCAUGGGUGUCGAGGCAGCUUACUCGUACCUCGACUAAUGCCAGGGGUCCGAAGAACUAGCCAGGAAAAUCUCUAGUGGCUUUGCAUGACUCGAACCGAUAAUCUCUAGAGAGAAUCUCCAAAGGUUCAAGUCUUGUUGACAGUUGAGCUAAACCCGCAAAGCUAAUUAGAUAUUCAUGGUUUGGUUUGAAACAUAACGAAUUGUAAAGAGAUUUUGGUUCUUCGGUCCGAAGAGAUGGAUAAAGCUUGGAGGGUUAGAUUUAUGCCGGAACCCGGCCGACCCAAUCCAAAGAGUAAUGGUGUUGUAAGAUCUUCAAAUCACUCGUAUUGG